UUGUCAGUGUGCCCGUGGUGUGGACGACUUUUAAUUACAUUACAAUACCGUAAUGUCUAACUGUACAAUCUUUUGUAAGGAUUUAAAGUAUUAUUAUCAAUUAAGUUAUUAAAUUGUGAUAGAAAUUGGUAAAAUUAUUAGAAAUAUAAAAGGAAGUGGGUGCUCAUUCUACUGAAAAUAUCUCGAAUUUUCCCAUUAAAAUGUAUUUACAAAUGUGAAUCAAGAUUCCUCUGAUGUGUGUUUGUUAUUAUUCUACAUGUUGAGAAGAAGGAGGACUUGGUUGAUUAUUCCGUCAAUGUAAUACGCAGAGACUGCUCUAAGGAAAAUAAUAAUCAUAAGAAAAAGACUGAAAGAACGAUGGCUCCAAUUAAAAAUUAUAAGCAUAUUAAUGCUGAACAAAAGGAGAAAUUAUUAGAAUUUAUGCUCCAACAUAGGGACUUGGCUGCAGGAAAAGUUAGUGGCAAUAAAUACAAACAGACUGCUGAACAAUUGUAUGCUCAAUUAGCGAAUAUUUUGAAUGCUGUGAAAGGCGGAUCAAUUAAAGAUGUCGACGGUUGGAAAAAGAGUUGGACGGACCUAAAGAGAAAGUCAAUUGAAAAAGAAUUUUACAGAAGAAAACAAUUAACGAUACCGAAUGGAGAAGAAGUACAAAUGAGUGAUAUGGACAGAAUUAUAAUUGAACACCUUGUUCCUAAAGAAAGAUUUCGAACUGAAGAAGUAAAUGAGCUGGAGAUUAAAGAACACGAGAUUUCACAAAUUAAGACUGAACCACAGGAAAAUGAAGUCGAAAAUAAUACAAAUGAAUUUUUUUUCAACGAUUUCGAAGUUGAUGAGGAGAGAAAUAAAAUGAAUUAUUUCUCACCGCCCUCAACGAGUGAAAUGAAGAGGAAAAUUGAUACUUCCGUUCCUGCUUACUACAAAAAAGCCAAAAUUAACAAUACCGACAAUAAUUUAUUUGAAGAGGAAGAAGAACUAGAGGAUAACAAUUUUUUCAUUGGAACCGAGGAAAAUAAUAGAAACUCAAAGAAAGCAGAAGAAAAAGAGAAUUAUAGAUUGCAAUUAUUACGAGAGAGAAUUGAAUUGAAGCGAAAAGAAUUGGAAUUAAGGGAAUAUAUAUGGAAGAAAACUGAGGAGCAAAAUGAAAGAAAAAUGAAAUUAAAAAUGGAAAUGCAAGAGAAAUUGUGCUCGUGUUUAGGGAGAAUUGCCGAUGAAUUACAAAAACAAAAUUAUUUAUGAUCUUCGUCUAAAAUAUAAUUUAUUUUACAUUUAAACAA